CAGAGUAGAAUGCAGACUGUAGAGGCAGACGGAGAAGUAGAGGGAAAGUAGAAUGCAGCUGGAGCUUCUCAUGGUGCCGCAUCUCCUUCUCGGCCUGCUCCUUCUGCCGCUCUCGCCCUCGGCGUCGGCGUCGGCGUCGGCGGCGGUCACCCACCUGCCAGGAUUCCAUGGCCCUCUGCCCUUCUACCUCGAGACCGGGUACGUGGACGUGGAGGAGAAGACCGGGACGAAGCUCUUCUACUACUUCGUGGAGUCAGAGAGGAGCCCCGGCACGGUCCCCGUGCUGCUGUGGCUCACCGGCGGGCCCCGCUGCUCGGGCUUCAGCGGCUUCGCCUUCGAAGUUGGCCCUAUAAAUUUUGUGCUGGCACCUUAUGAUGGUCAUUUGCCGCAGUUGGUCUAUAAUCCGCAUUCAUGGUCGAAGAUGGCAAGUAUCAUCUUCUUGGAUUCUCCUGUCGGUUCUGGUUUCUCAUAUGCUCGUGAUCCAAAAGGCUAUGAUGUUGGGGACAUGUCAUCUUCCUUGCAAGUUGUGACAUUUCUGAACAAGUGGUUCGACGAGCACCCACGCUAUCGUUCAAAUGCAUUUUACAUUGGAGGAAGUUCAUAUGCUGGGAAGAUCAUUCCGCUUAUCGCGCAAUAUAUCUCAGAAGGAAUUGAGCAAAGGAAGCAACCUGUGAUUAAUCUCAAGGGCUAUUUAGUUGGCAACCCUAUUACAGGCUCCAGGUAUACUGAUUCCAAUUCCAGAAUACCAUAUGCUCAUGGCUUUGGAAUCAUACCGGGACAACUAUAUGAGGCUGCAAUUGAGAACUGUAAAGGAGACUAUAUAAACCCGCUGAAUAACAUAUGUGCUGGGAUUCUAAAUACUAUUGAAAAGCUCCUUUCGGAAGUCGACCACGAUCAUAUCUUGGAUGACAAAUGUGUACGCACUGCACCAAACCCUGUGAAUGCUGCUGCUGAAAGAAAUAGGUUUCUGUCAGAAGAACACAUUCAACAAAAUGUUCCAUCUCCUCAUCCUACUAUUAAUUGUUUUUCGUACCGUUACUACCUAGCUAACAUUUGGGCGAAUGAAAACGUGACUAGAGAUGCUCUUCGGAUAAAGCAGGGAACAAUUGGCGAGUGGGUAAGAUGCAUCACAGGAUUGCCCUAUACGGGAGACCUCCCAAGCAGCAUACCGUACCACCUUAAUCUCAGCACCAGGGGUUACCGUGUGCUUGUGUUCAGCGGAGACCAUGACCCUGGGGUACCAUUUUUGGGAACAUAUGAGUGGAUCAGAUCCUUGAACUUCUCCAUUGUUGAUGACUGGAGAGCAUGGCAUGUGGAUGGUCAGAGUGGAGGAUUCACGGUUGCAUAUGCCAACAAUAUUACAUUCGCCACGGUAAAGGGUGGUGGCCAUACAGCAAUACGACACCAGCCUAAACAAUGUUUUGCCAUGGCUCAGCGUUGGCUGGACAACGAGCCUCUCUGAUUACAGUAUUUGUGUUGGCUCCUCCAACGUUUCCUGCGUACGUGUUUCACGUCAUACAGCUACAGCCAGCCGGAUCAUUCCGUGGCCUCCUGCUUGCGCCCACAAAGCUUGGCUGCCUUUACGAUGCAGCUAUGUUAGAAGCAUAAUAAUAAAAAUGAUUCAUGCAUGCUCUAUAAUCGAUUGAUGGGUGCCUUUCGCAUCCUUGAGUGUUGAGUUGGCGAUAUAAAUUAAAAUUAUUUCAAUUGUUCUUCUCCCUA